AUGAAAGAGAUUGCUUUGGAGCGGUAUAAAAAGAUGAAGGGCAAUGCUCCUGAAAGAUUGGUUUCAGGAUUUGAUGACUUCACCAUGUUUCUUUGGGAACCUGCUGUCAGCAAACAUCCCAAAACUCGAAUGACAGGUCAUCAACAAGCCAUCCAGCCCACUCAACCCAGCCUUGUAGAUCUAGGGCCCAAGCUAGAGCAUAAGCUUAUGGGAUUGGGGAUUGGGGAUUGGGGAUUGGGCAUCCGCUUGGGUCUAAGCCAUGACAUGUAUGCAAGGGCUGCAUUUGGGCUGGGCACAUCUAGCCUUAGGAUGGCUAGGUCGGGUUUGUGCUUGGGCCAGUAUGAAGUGUGUAGGUUUCUCAAGUUAAUGUGGCCCGGGUUCACUCUAGCCCAGCCUAUGGGUACCCAUGCUAUUAAGAAACUUGUGAACCAUGUUUACUUUUCGCCCGAUGGGCAAUGGAGAGCAAGUGCCUCAUUUGACAAGUCAGUCAAGUUAUGGAAUGGUAUCACUGAAAAAUUUGUAGCUACGUUCCGGGGUCACGUGGGACCUGUCUACCAGAUAAGGCUACUUUUAAGUGAGAGCAAAGACUCUACUUUGAAGGUUUGGGAUAUCAGGAUGCAGAAGUUGAAACAAGACCUACCUGGCCAUGCCGAUGAGGUUUUUACUGUUGACUGGAGUCCAUAUGGUGAGAAGGUAGCAUCUGGUGGUAAGGAUAGA